GUCCAAUGCACUCCAACGCGUAGCGAUAGUGAUUUCACAACACGCCAUCCUAUGAUUGCACCGUUUCGUGGCGCCUGAAGCUUUGUCAACCCUCUUGUGAGAAAAGGAGCAUUGAUCAGUCUACCUCACGACGAGGAUUGAGCGACUAGCCUACAUCAUGUUCCCCUCGCAGAGCAGACCAUCAACGUCUCCUUUUGGUUGGGGGGCCGCUCCAAGUUCUGGUCCUUUUGGCAGUGCGGGCACUCCAAGUUCUGGUCUUUUUGGCAGUGCGGGCACUCCGAGUUCUGGUCCUUUUAGCAGUCUUCCGGCUUCUGCGGUCACUCAUUCACAGAAGCUCAUUCAGCAUAUUGCUAGCUUGUUCAACAACGAAAAGUACUCUGAUGCUACUAUUCAAAUCCAUGAUGUGAUGCUCCCUGUACACAAAUCCAUCAUAUGCAUCCAGAGCGAAUACUUUGAGAAGGCCUUUCAAAAUGAAAGAUUCGAGGAGAGCCAGUCCGGGACGAUAAAAUUCAAAGAAAACAGUGGUGCCGCCUACUGGAGGGUCAUCGAGUACUUAUACAAAGGCGAUUAUUCAGAGGCAUUGUCCACACACGAGUUCGAAGAUGACCCAGAGCAUCUGAGAGAUUCUCGCGUAUACGUUCUAGCGGACAUGUUCCUCUUGGAGGGUUUGAAGACGCUCUCCAUAACGAAGCUACGACUAAAGUUGGAGAAACAUUGGAUGACCGACUUGUUCCUUGAAUGCAUUCGAGAAAUAUACGGUAGCACUUCUAAUGAGACCUGUGGGCUACGGUCAACUGUGAUUGCAGUGGCGACAGGACAUGCGCGUGAUUUAGCCAAGAACGAAGCUUUCAAUAACCUUCUUCGAGAGGGUGGGGAUUUCGCUGCUGAAUACGUCAGCGCCCUGACGAAAACGAUGGCUUUUCGUUAGGACAUAGUGUUCGAUACGCUCGGAUUUGGUGAGAUCAAUAUGCUACAGAACUAUAGCUUGUGUUUCCCCAGCAGAUGUUCAACAAAUUCAAUAACGAAAUUUCCUCCCAUACGGAUAAGGUCGUUGAAUGUUUCUGUCGUAAUUAAGUC